UUAUAUUUUAUCAAAUAACCUGAAGAAUGACUAUCUCAUACUCCUUGACAUAAACUUCUACUUCAACAAACACGUGGUCCGUUUUAGGGGCAAGCAGAGGAACAAAACAAAAAAAACACCCCGCCUCUUUACAUUGAGAGCACCCUUCCUGGUCACAGUUGACUUAUGGACUUUGCAGAGCUUCAGUCAUACACACAAUGAUGAACUUCACCUUGAUAACAGCUUUGAUUCUCUGCAGCCUCAGCUGGAUCUCUGUCUCAGCUUCUGAGUCUCAGACUGUGAAUGUCCAGCCUGGUGCAGAAGCCACGCUGCUGUGCUCUAAGACGUCUGAAUCUGAAUCUUUGGCAUUAUGGUUCAGAGUGGUCAACAGAACCAAGGCCAGCUCCAUUUCCACUAUGACCAGAUCUGCCAGCAAACCUUUAUACUUGGAUGGAUUUAAAAAUGGAAUAUUUGAAAUGGGAUCCAACACCUCCACUGUCUCUCUUAAAAUUAAGAGAGUGAAUUUUUCUGACUCUGGGCUGUAUUUCUGUGGAUUUAACGCAGAGGGAUGGACAAUUUUAAGUGUGAUACAUUUAAAUGUUGAAGGCAGUGAUGAAUCUCAUGAAGACGUUGACAGAAAGUCUAAAACAGAGUGUGACAGAAUAACAAUGUUGAUGAGUGUGAUCCUGGGCGGUCUGACUGUUUUCCUCUUAAUGGUCAUCGUUGGUCUGGUUGUUAAAAACAGGAAACUUCAGACAGCUGCCAGUGAAGAACAGAAACCACAACAGCGUGAGAAUCUGGGCACUGAUGAGCUGAACUACGCAGCAGUGAAUUUCUGUCCAAAAGGAAGAAGAAGAGAAGUGGAGCCGAAUGUUGUGUAUUCUGCUACUAGAUAGGCUCAGGAGGCAACAAGGAAUGCUGUUCAGAAUGGAACUGAUCCUUUAUCAUAUUAAUCUGCAGUUGUGCUUUUGUGUGUGUGGUGGACAGGAGGACUUAAAAAUAACGUAAAAAAUAACGUGCAGUCUUCUUCCAAAUGCUGAGUUUUAAUUAUUAUCCCUCUUUUAAAGACAUAAUUAGAGUACAUCAGAACAGAAAGUGGAUUUUUUAAAUGCUGACUGUGUGUCUAUACUGGUAUGGGGAAGAAAAAUACAAUGAUAGAGCAGACAUCCAGUUCUAGCCCCUGGUUGUGUUUUUUGAAAUGAAUAUGUAUGUGCGGUAAGAAAACUGAAUCAGCCUAAAGACAAGUCUCAACCACAGGAAGACUGGCCUUCAGCUGGGUUUUGUUUUCUCCAGUGUGUUUCUUUCACAAUUUAGCCACAAACAGCCACAAAACACACCAAAUAAAACUAUUAUAGUUAAUAUGAUUUGUUUUUAUCUUACAUUUGAUAGUAACAGACUUGUGUAGCACUUGAAGACACCAUGCUGAAGCACAGAUCCUAACGAAGCUGUUAGGACCCAUUUAUCUGGGAAAUUAUUCCCUCCUGCCACACAUACCACCAGGUCAAUGUUUGAACUAUAAAUUACAUUCCUUGCUUAUGGUCUCCUAUAUUAUAUUAGGAGUUGGUAAAUAAAUCAGCAAAUUGAGUGCAUGUGCAUAAUAGGCCGUGUCUGUUAUGUCAGAAAGGAAAUAUAAAGAGUGUCAACAUGUUACAGUGUCCUUAAACUUUGAUCAUUUCAUUAUAAAUGUCCCAAGUCCCAGUUCCCAUCACAGACCGCCACAGAUCAGGUGUGAGCCCCCCACAUCCAAUCACAAGACAAUAAGAUUAGAGAAAUGGCCAAAUCAGUCUCUUAUCUUUCUGAAAAUGUCUCAUAUCAGAUGACUCAUUUGGACUUAUUAGGAGAAAAUGCUGUGACGUCUCAUCAUUAUUUGCCUAUUAAACACAGGUAUGUUCACUCCUUUACUUUUACCUGAUGAAGACCGUCUGUGGUUGAAACUUUAUAUCAGUCAUGGUAAAAUGAAAUAAAAGUAGUUUGUCUUUUUUUCAUGUGCAUCAUUUGGUCUCUACUUUUCUGUCUCUCUUCAUCAGGACGUCAAACGGCACCUUUAAGGCGGCUCGGCGCAGGCUUUGAGGCCAGUCGCACAGGGGUCGGCGUCGGGAGAAUCUGGACUCUGAUGAUCUGAAGGACGCAGCACUGACUUUGUAUUCAACAGCAAUAAGAAGCAGGAGGCCUGCAUCAGAGAGGGACGUGGAAGCUCAUGUUAUUUAUGCUGCCAGCAGGAAGAAACUGGAACUGCAACUCUGAGUGUAACUGAUGAUUUAUCAUAUUAAACUGCUGCAACUCA